GUCAUUUGCUGCGGGAAAAAAGAAAGAAAGAAAAAAGAACGUAGUCGCACAAUUGUUAUUGAAAAGUGAAAUAUUUUUAAUUUAAUUACAUUUGAAAACACCUUAAAGUACAAAAUUGCACAGAAAAAGACAAAAAUAAUAAAAUGGAAUCAGAGUUAAGUCAAGCAUAUUAUGGAGUCUACUGUUCUUCGAAAGAAAUUCUAAAAAAUAACCAACGCCAUUUAUACUGCAGUAUGUUGGAUUUAUUGACAAGCACCUGUAAGACCACAGGUUUGGUGGGCAGUAAGAUUGUGAGCGAUGAAAUGAUAGAGUUCUGGUUGUCGGACAUUUUGCCCUUGAUGUUCGAUACAGACCGUGCCAUACAGACCAAGGCUGUAGAGGCCUUUGAACAAGGCCUGGCAUCGAUGGAUGUCAGGACGAUACACAAUAGUAAACAGUGGACAGCGUUGAAGACGGCGAUGUCCACACAGCAUGCUCCCAAAAUACACAAAUUGAGGGAAGAGCGUAAUCGACAUUGGCAUCGGGUGUGGGGCUAUAUGAUACGAAUCUUGGAUAAGGAGUUGUUGAAGGGUGCCAGUACUAUUAAUUCAUUUUUGUCCAUAGUGGAGUUAGGAUUUCGCAGUACUGACAAUACUAUAAGGGCAGAGUCGUUCUUAUGUUGGCGUUUAUUGAUAGAAAUAUUCUCAAAAUAUGAUGAACUGUCUUCGCCCAAACGUUUGAAGUUGAUUUGUAUUCCUCUCAAGAGUUCACAAUCCAAGUCAGCCCAAGCUGCAGAAGUCAAAUUGAGAGUAUGGUGGUAUUUGUUGACGUGUUUUGGUGACAAAUUGGGACAAUAUUUUGAUACGGUAGUGGAACCGUUCUUAGUGUUUUGCUUUGGUGGUAGUACGUCAACAAAAAGUGUUGUCUGUGCUGUACAGCAGUAUGCUGUGGUCAGGGAAUUGGCCAUACCUUGUUUGAUAAAAUUGAUAUCAAGCGAAAGAAAUGAAUACUUGGAUCGCUGCUUGAGGGAUCAUAAAUUGGAGGCGUUAAAUGUUCCGUCACCACUAUUGGAAAUGGAUGUUUUGGAAAAGAAUUGGCAAGCUUUGGUAAAUGCAUGCAUGGAAGCUAUACGUCUAAUGGGCACUGAGUCAUCACAGUCAGAAGUUGGUGAACAGCAUCUUUUCCAAACACUUUUAAUACAAAUUUUACACAUGACCUUCCGCAAGGACAUUGUACAAUUAACCAUUAGCAUUUGUACUUCCCUUGCAAAAAUGCUAACCAAUAAUCCACGUGUGGUCAUAAUAGCUAUGAAUAAUUUGGCUGCGGAGGGUUUAACAUUGAAGAAAUCAGCGGAAAAUGUGGAAAUGUUCCCUAAGCUUUUGGAAGUAUUUGCAAAUCUGUUUAUAUCGGCUCGUUCAAUAGUACCACCAGCUAUUUUGCAACGCUGUGUUGAUCAAGUCUUCUCUUUGGAUGUACAUGAAACAAGUCGCAAUAAGUGGCGCAUGUUGGCCACUAUGUUGGAGAAAAUUAUUGUUCUCAAAGACGAUGAAGAUUACGAAGCUUUCGAGACUAAAUUAAUAAUAUGGCGCAAGAUUUCACAGGGUUUGUUGAGCCAUUUGAGAGAAAAUUCAUUGGAUGUGCGUGUAAAGGAUAAUGCGUCGCUAAUGGAUAAAUGGAUUCUAUGGCCGGUACAGUUGUGUGUUGGUUUCGCUGGACGCAGAUCCAAUAACAGUUUCGAUCAGGCCUUCUGUUCAUUAUGGCGUCAAUUAUUAAAUGCUGGACAAAAUUCCCCCGAUAGGCGUGUGUUCUUGAGCAAUGUUCAUAAAAUACUUAAGGAACUUUUAAAUGCUCGUCAUGAGGAAUCAGCUUUUGGUGAAUUGUUCGAUGCGUAUGUAGCAGCCGUAUUAAAAUUAGAGAGCGAUAAAGAUAAUAAACAGCAUCAGGAAUUCUUUGAACUAAUGCAAGACAUUCUAAAGCAGCAAUUACCUAAAAAGCCUUUUGAGGCCUGCCUUAAUACCUUGAAAAAUGCCCUGGUGGGCUUAAAAAAUACUGAAGUUAAACAACAUUUUGAUGCAAUUAAGCCCACUAUUAUGGCAGUGGUACAGUUAAAUGCCAAAGGUUCUACAUGUCCAGUGGAUAACAAGUUUUUGGAUGAAUGGAAACGCAAUGUAAUGGAAAAAUUACGCUCUCAUCCUAAUAAGGAAAUGUCGCAACAAAUUAAGGAACUAUUAAAAGGCAAUAAUGAUGUAUUUGUGGUUAUACCUUCAGUUUGGAGCAUGAAUCCCGACAAACUGACGGAAAGACAAAAAGAAAAAAUGUCUGAAAAAGCGGAUAUACCAGCUCUUUACAACGAUAUGAGUCAAUCACAAGACGCUUCCUCUCUCAAACCCUGGACCCCAAAGAAAAUUGUUAUAUCCCAAAAGGAUAAAUCAGAAAUUGUUUUAGAAGGACCAGAACAUGAACAUGAAGUCAUUGUGGAAUCUGAAGAACCUAAAGUGGUCGUAGUAGAAAAAGUGGCAGAGAAAGUAGUGAGCACACCUGUUAGCAAGAAACAGUUAAGAAAUCAAACAAAAACACAAACACCCACUAAAAAAGAAAUGGAAGAGGCUAAGAAAAAUGAACCCUCCGAAACGGUACGUAGUACCCGUAACUCUAAGCGCCGUUUGUCCACCAACGAUGAAGAACCUAAAGAGAAACUUUCAAAUGCCGAUGACAGUGUUAUCAAAAGACAAACACGCCGUUCCGGUUUACGCAAUAAAAAUGAAAAUAAGAAAAUCGAAGAUAUACCAGAGGAAAAAUCAAAAACUACUAAUGCCACUGAAAAGGCACAACAACAAACAGCAACAGAAGGCUUAUCAAUACCAACCAAAACCACAAGCAAAAUUUUACCCAUUAGUGAAGAUGUAUUUGAGGAUCAGGACACUCCCUGUAUGAUAACAGACAAAGAAAACAUUUUACAGCAUCAGGAAACUGAACUCAACACUAUGACAGAUCCACAGACAUCUACAACGGAUAUAGCUACACCGUCAUUGGCAACAGCUUCUCUGGAAUUGAUAGUUGAGACCAAGCAACCAGCAUCAAACAAUAAUAAAGUCAUUGUUAUUGAUGAUGAAAAUGAUGAUGCCGCCUCUAAGAAGACCAAUGCAACCACCAUCAGCACCACCGCUACACCAUCUGUCGAAAUAUUGUCGACUGAUUUAAUUGAUCUCAAUAGUAAGACUAAUACUAUUUCUGAAAUAAUACAGGCUAAAGAGGUAUCGCCCAAAAAGACUAUACCUAAGUUUACACCAUUGUCUUCCCCACCUGAUCGCAAGCUUACAAAUAACAGUAGUAGUCCAACAUUGAGACCAAAACCUUCGUCUCAUCUAACUGGACGAGGAGCACAACUAAUAAAUAUGAUACGCAACAAAAAAGUGGAUAUUUCGGCUACCUCUGCCUACUCGCCAGGACCACAAUCGACGCCUUCGCAACAACGCAAUCCAGCUGCUGAGUUAAUGGAAUUAACCGGUACAGAUCACACUUCAACACCAGUACAACCCAAAGAAUUUUUGGUAUUCUCAAAACGUCUGCCAUCGCCCACAGCCAGUCCAUCGGCCAGUAUAUUGAAACGUAAACUAAGACAUGACAGCAUUGAAGAUUUGUCCUUUGAUUCGCCGGCAUUUAAACGUAAACGUGUGAGUUUUCAUGAUCCGCCAGUAUCGGUAACUAAGGAAUAUUUAAGAGAUAUAGAUGAAACAAAAACUAAGCCGAAAAGAUGUCUAAUAAUGGACAAAGUUUCUGAAGCGAAACAUGCUUUAAGGAGAAGAAGUAAGUUGGAUAGUCUUAUUGAAAUUGAAAAAUAUAACAAUCCCACAGAUACAAAUAAUGAUAAAAAUCAUGUCAUAAAUCCAAAAGCUGCCAAUGCAAAUACUAGCAACAGUGCUGCACCCACUUCAAGUACAACAUCGACAUCAACAUGCUCUACAUCAGCAGCGGCUAACAAAACUACAGAUUCCGUUAUGGAUGAUAGCAUAACCUCUCUAAAAUGGAACGACAGUCGCAACACAACUUCCGAUGGUUGCUCAACACCGCAAACCUCGUCUGCUGCCACAAAAAUGACCCACACCGUUGAAACCGUUGCACAAGUCACUGCAGAAGUACCACCGCCUAACCAUGUAUGUCAACAUCCUCAACCACCAGUCUUAGAUAUUGAAACGGCCACCAAAAUGGUAUUAGAACAGUGUUCACUUGAUACAAUACUUGAAAAGUAUUUUGCCACCGAAAACACACCACAAUUGAAAUCAUCAAAUAUUGUGGCGAAAUUCUUAUCAAAUGCCAUGGAGACAAAUGCCAAGAUAAAGACUAAUGUAUUGGAAACACUAUCGGAAAAUCAUUCAAAAGAUUUCUUAGAUCAUGCCGUACAGGAGAAUCUCUCCUCGGUGGUAUGUGAUCGUUUGAAUUUAAACUCGGUCAUUGAUUAUAUAUGUGCCAAAUCGAAAAUUAAUGCCGGUUGUCGCAACAAUCUCUUGCAACAGAUACCGGACAUAUUGAAACACAGCAAAAAUGAAACAGAACGUUUUGAUUUUAUACAAAAACUUGUUACACACAGUAAUUUCACCGAUGAACACAUUUUAGAUCUAAUAGCACUGCUUAUGCAAUUUCGCUGCAAGACAAAGGGAGAACAAGCCACCAUGGUUUCAGAAUCGGCCGUUGAUUCUUCAUCAAAUUUAUAAUACUUUAGAAUGCAAAACAAAUACAACCUGGAAAUUGUACGUACAACAACAAAAAUAUACAUUUAUACAUACAUAUAUAUUUUAAUUUUUAAAAUUACAUAUUUUAUUAUUAUUAUUCUUAUACACACUUAUUUUUCAUUAUU